CUCUCAGGUCGCGUGACUGCUCGUCAUGGCUGCCGCGUCUCCCUGAGAAACUCCCCCACCAGAGGAAUUCAUCAAACUUGCCCACAAUGCGUACUCACCUGCGGCGCUGACCGCUGAUCCCCGUCGGUCCACACGGAAAUCAAUAUUCCAGUUCGAGCCCGGGGCGAUAAUGAGGAAGUGAACACCGCCGUGCUUCUGCUCUCCUAUCAGGAUCGGCAGAGCCUGUCCAGGAUGGACAGCUUCUUCAAGGCGGCUGUGUGUGACCUGGACAAGCUGCUGGAUGACUUUGAGCUCAGCUCAGAUGAGCUUGGGUGCCGCCCAACGUUCCUGAAGCCGCCUGCCUACUUCUCUGACUCGUCUGUCACCCAGGGAAGCAUCCCUGACCUCAGCUCCCUUCAUUAUGGUUCUGCCUGCGUUCCGGCAGGUCAGAACAGCAUCCCUGAGGAUGGAGAGGACACGGGCCAGCCUCUCACUGGAGUGGACCUGCUCUCAUCUGUUGACCGAGUUGCAUCGCAGUGCGCCGCGCCUCCAUGCCCAGAUCGAGCACUGAAGCCAGUGUGCGACCUUGUGAAUGACGCCAGCUCUGCAAUACUGGUCCAGUCCGACAGCCAUGAUGCCUACUGUCAGCUGGAUGCUCAGAUGGAGGAGGAAGAGGGGCUGCUGGUGGACUUUGAUGCCCCGGUGCUGACCCUUCAGUGCCAGGCAGACGCGUCUGCAGAAAGGCUGCUGCCUCUGAAUCAGAAUGGAGCGGAGAAUGUUGGUGGAUUAUCAAACACGCUCAGUCUGCUGGAUGUCAUCCUUCCUGCAGCAAUGGAGUCAGGCUGUGAAUCACUCGUGGGCUCUGAGGGACCACCAGACUCCAGAGAGAGACCUGAAGAGGAGUAUGCAGAACUGGUCCAGAGACACCUGGAAGAAGAUUCUGUCCCUCCUCAUGGGGUUCCAGAUGGCCCGGUUAGUUCGGAGAGUGAAGUGUGUAUCGAUGAAGACCCACCUUUGGCUGGGGCUGAAGCUCCGGGACUAUCCUGUCUACCUCUGGCUGUCUCCAUGUGCGGCACGCUGACUGCACCCGAGGAGAGUGAGGAGACUGUCCCGGAGCAUGAAGAGAGUAAUUCUGGUUCAAAUGAGCUUGCUGACCUUGCUGCACCUCUUCAGCUGGCCCAGGUUCAGGUGACUCCAGACCAGCCUUCUCCUAAGCCCCCUGCUGAUUCUCCAACUCCUCCGACUCCUCCGGAUCCCACGAUGGCCCACCAUCCCCCCCACCAUUCUGAGAGCAGUCUGGUCCACCUGCCUGAGUUUGGUUUUGAGUAUCUCCCUGAGAGUGACCAGGCUGAGCUCCUUGUCACAGACGAGGAGCUCGACGCCUUUUUGCUGGCCCACAGUCAGUCUGGGCCAGACCAAGACUCCAGCGAGCCAGAUCAUGUGGUGGAGGAGGUCAUGUGUUGUAGUCACGCUGACCCAGAGGAUCUGGCUACUCCAGAAAGUGACAGAACCAUGUUUGUGCCCGUGGAGGGGACCAACCCGAGUGUUGCUCCUCCCUCGCUCUCUUUGGACGUUUGUCUGGCUGAAUCAGAAGCCGCCUCUCCCACCAGCACCCAGCUGUACAACAGAGGCUCUGAAGAGCCACCAUCACAUGGAGGUGCCAGGCCGAAACAGCUUAACUGCCAAAGCACACGAUCGCCACCCACAGGAGAGGAGGAAGACGAACAGGCUUGGGUCGGCGCGUCAGUGGACAGUCCUUCCCCAGGCACCCCUUCUGAUCUGCCUGCCUCAAUUCCUUCGAAUGCUGCUCAGGAAUGUCUAGAUUACUGCUGCGAUGAGCUGUCAGAGCCGCCUCCUUACCCUGGGGAGCCGGCCAAGUAUGGCUUCGGACCAGCGACCGCAAAGGAAGAAGAGCAGUUGGGCAGCAGGCAGCCAGCAUGGGUUCCUGAUGCUGACGCUCCAGCCUGCAUGAACUGUGAGCAGAGAUUCACCUUCACCAAGAGACGUCACCACUGCCGUGCCUGCGGGAAGGUCUACUGCGCGGUCUGCUGCAGCCGCAAGUGUAAGCUCAAGUACCUGGAGAAGGAGGCCAGGGUGUGCCUCACCUGUUUCGACACUAUUCACAGAGCUCAGGCCAUCGAGCGGAUGAUGAGUCCGACGGGUCCCAGUCCCAACCCCAACAUCCCGUCUGAGUACUGCAGCACCAUCCCGCCCCUGCAGCAGGCCCGCGCUGCCGGCACGCUCAACUCUCCUCCGCCCACCGUCAUGGUGCCAGUGUCCGUCCUCAAACACCCCACCAAUGAUGCGUGUCCGCGGGAACAAAAGCGGGUCUGGUUUGCGGAUGGAAUACUUCCCAACGGGGAAGUGGCCGACACGACCAAGCUGAGCAGCCGCCGGAGUUCGCAAGACUUGAGCGUCGGCACCGACCAGAAUGCUCCGGAGCUCCCAGGCACCGAUGUGUCCCCGUCCACCCCUGCAGCUGAGGUGGUCCGGCCAGCGUCAUCCGGACCAUGGGACUUCUCCCUGCUGUGUGGAAUCAGCGGCGCCGUCAGAAGAACUCCCAGUCUUCUGCCUGAUGAUGAGGACCAGCUCCCACCUCUGCUCCUGGUCACUAGAGAAGAUGGAGCUGGAGACGUGCUGGUGGAGGAGAGCCCGGCUCCCUGUCAGAUUCGACACUUGUUGGAGGAGGGCGGACCCCGACCGCUGACCUUCGUUCUCAAUGCCAACCUGCUGGUCAAUGUGAAGCUGGUCACAUACGGCAGUGGGACCUGCUGGUGUUUCGGCUCGGUGGGUCUCCAGGCUGUUGGUCAGAAGGAGCUGGUGUUCCUGCUGGAGUGUCUGCCUGAUGAGAGGACUCUGCCCAGAGACCUCUUCUCUCUGUGUCUCAGCGUCUACCAGGACGCUCUCCGAGGGAAGUUUGUGAACGAGUUAGACAACGUGACCUUCACCAGCAGCUUCUUGGGGAGCAAAGACCAUGCCGGGAUGGUCUUCUUCUCUCACACCUGCCAGCCACUGGAGGACCUGACCCUGCCUGAGCAGCCCUUCCUCUUUGGCCUGCUGGUCCAGAAGCUGGAAGUUCCGUGGGCCAAAGUCUUCCCGCUCAGACUGCUGCUGCGGCUCGGAGCGGAGUAUAACGUGUAUCCCACCACUCUGGUCAGUGUCCGCCACAGAGCCUCUGUGUACCGAGAGACUGGACACACCAUCAUGAACCUGCUGGCUGACCUCAGGAACUACCAGUAUAGCCUGUCAUCGGUCGAAGGUCUGCGGAUCCAUAUGGAGGUGGGUCACAUCUACAUCGAUGUGCCCAGGAGCAGCUUCCACGAGGUCCAGAAGGUGGUCAACUCCUCCAACGAGCACGUCAUCAGCAUUGGCGCCACUUUCAGCUCGCAGGCCGACUCCCACCUGGUCUGCUUCCAGAACCAGGACGGAGCAUACCAGACUCACGCCAGCAGUGUUCCCGGCAAGACCCGCACAGUGACAGGUGCCAGUUUCGUGGUCUUCAACGGAGCCCUGAAGGCCUCGUCAGGGUUCAUUGCCAAGUCCAGCAUCGUGGAAGAUGGGCUGAUGGUUCAGAUCCCUCCUGAGACCAUGGAGUCCCUGAGGGCGGCGUUGAGGGAGCAGACGGACUUCCACAUCCAGUGUGGCCGCAGCGACGGAGGAGAGGUGAAGGAGAACGUGACGGUCCGCUGGGUCAGCUGGUCCAAACCUGUCAACACCGGCAGGAAGAGUGCUGUGGACGGGAAACCGUUGGACGGAGCCGUUAGCGUCCGGGUGCAGCAGGAUGUGGAGUUUGAGUCCGACACUCGAGUGAUCCGCUGCACUGAGGUGAGUUCUGUUGGCUCUGUGCUAGCCGUCCUGCGCGCUGACUCGUCUGUCUGCCAGGUCUUUUACCAGUCCAGGUCUCCGGACUGCAGCCUGGCGUCUCUCCUGGCGACCUGCAGCGUCUUCCAGAAGGAGAUUGCUGUGGCGGCCUGCGGCGCUCUGACACCUCACCUGGCUGUGCUGACGGCCAGCGGCAUCAACUCACUGUCCCUGCGCAUCUGCACACAGCCAGACAUGGUGGAGUACGUGGCUGGCUCCGGCGGGCGCCUCCUCCCUCAGCGCUACAUGAACGAGCUGGAUGGUGCUCUAAUUCCUGUCAUCCACGGCGGGAAUGCCAGUGUUCCUCAGACUCAGCUGGACCUGGAGUUCUGCUUCUUCAUCACACACUCCCUUUAACGCCGGGCUGCCCUCGGACACUGUCACCCCACGUCUGUGUUCCCGCCUGGAGACCUGCGGCUCUCAAACGCCACCGAGAAUGUUUGACGGAUUCUGGAACUACUGAACCAGGUCUGUCCGAUUGUGCUGCGGGGCGUCACGAGUGGCCUGAGGCGUGUCCCCGGAGAGACAGAUACUGGCUAUCUGAGAUCUGACUGACGCUCACACAACACUCAGUUUUUAACCAGAAAACCAGAGUCAGGGUUGCUGUUGCUACCUGAACCCCUCUAGACCUUCAUGUGAGCAUGAGUUGGUGGCAGAGAAGUGCCCGGACCUUUGUUGUGUAGCAGAAAUUUAUUCACCGCACUUUUACCUCUGAAGAUUCUCUCCUUUAAAAUAAAACUGGAAUUUAUCAGGUUUUGCCGUCGCUCUGAUG